AUGCCAGGCGAAGGAACCUCGGAUGCUUCAAGAUCGGCUACCUCCAACCAAGGACCCACGACUAUUCUGUGUGCCGGAGCACUUCGCCAACGUGACCCGAAGCUCUUCAGCGGGAUCGGCGACGAUGACAUUGAUGACUGGUUGGAGUCCGUGGAAAGAGUAAGCCUUCCUAACAAAUGGGAUGAUGUGCUGAAACUCAAUAACGUUAUUUUUUAUUUGACUGACGUCGCUAAAUUAUGGUACACCAAUCACGAGUCAGAGCUGGCGACCUGGACUCUGUUCAAAUCGAAAAUUCAGGAAGUAUUUGGGAAGCCAGCCCAGCGAAAGCUGAUAGCAAAAAGAACCCUGGCAUCACGGGUUCAACAAAAUGAUGAAAGCUUCGUCAGCUACAUUGAAGAUGUGCUAAAAUUGUGCAAGCGCAUUGACACACAGAUGCCGGAAGACGAAAAACUGAAAAACAUCAUGAAGGGAAUUGCUGAAGACGCAUUUCAAAUUCUUGUCGUCAGAGCGCCCGCGACCGUCAUUGAAGCCAUCGAUAUUUGUCAAAACUUUUCUGAGCUGCGCACCCAGCGUUUGCCACUCAGCCGCAAGCCGCAGCCUCCCAUGGAGCUAGCUAGCUUGAAUAACGCUGCGGACUGUCCUCCCGAUAAAUGGGGUGACCUUCGAUAUCUCAUUCAGGAAAUCGUCCGCGACGAGGUGGCUCGCCAACUAGGAAAGCCUGCCACUUCCCCAGAGCCCUACGUCUCACCUUCCAUCAGAGCGCUUAUUCAAGAGCAAGUCACAGCCGCUAUCCCUAACCCUGUGAUACUGCCCACCAUGCCAAUGCCGCUCGCGCCUACUUACGCCGAAAUGAGGGAAACUGCUAGGAGCAGUUCCAGAGGCGAGAACUGCGAAUCCUUCUACAUCCUUAAGUCCUCGCCCUAUUGCACGAAAUAUGAUUGA